AUGGCAGCCAAAAUUCUCCAGAAAUCAGACUUCCAAGGCUGGUGUGGCCUCGACAAGAAAUCCGCCGAAGGCAACAUGCAAUGGCAAGAAUUCCCCAAUCCCAAGAAAUGGGAAGAAACAGACAUCGACAUCGAAAUCUCUCACUGUGGGAUCUGCGGGAGCGAUAUUCAUACUUUGAGAAGCGGUUGGGGACCUACGCCUUAUCGUGAGUAAUAUCCCACAGCAACGACAAGCUCCAAUAAUAAUGAUGAUUGAUCGAUUCCAGCCGUCUGCGUGGGCCACGAGAUCAUCGGCCGCGCCAUCCGAGUCGGCAACAGGGUAUCCAAGAACAUCCAAAUCGGCGACCGCGUCGGCGUCGGAGCGCAGAAUUCCUCCUGCUUGCGCGCCGACUGCGAGGAAUGCUCCUCGGGUCUCGAGAACCACUGCACGCGAUCCGUGAAUACGUUCGCGGACAAGUAUCCCCACGAUGGCGGGGAGUCGUAUGGCGGGUAUGCGGAUUACCAUCGCGCGCCUUCACAUUUCGUGUUUAAAAUCCCGGAGGGCUUGGAGAGUGCAGAGGCCGCGCCGAUGCUCUGUGGCGGGAUCACGGUCUUCUCGCCGUUGAAGGAGAAUGGGUGUGGGCCGGGCAAGAAGGUGGGGAUUAUCGGGGUGGGAGGCUUGGGGCAUUUCGGGUUGUUGUUUGCGCGGGCGCUGGGGGCGGAUCGGGUGGUGGGGAUUUCGAGGAGGAGUGAUAAGAGGGAGGAUGUAAGUUUUCCUUUUCUUUCGUUUAUUUCCAAUGGAGGUGGGAGGGUGUCGAACUGAUGGUCUGUCUAUUCUCUUAGGUAUUGAAGAUGGGAGCGGAUCUCUACAUCGCGACGGAGGAGGAGAAGGACUGGUCGAAGAAACAUGCCCGGAGCCUGGACUUGAUCAUCUGCACGGUGAGCAGUCCGAAGAUGCCGUUGAGUCAGUAUCUGCGUCUCCUGAGGACGAAAGGCACGUUCAUCCAAGUAAGUAAGGCCUUCUCCUUCCUUUUUUUUCGACUCCCCUCUUCACAUCAUCGGUACCUUACUGACCUCCGCCUCCUCAGGUCGGAGCACCCGAAGACCAACUCCCCCCAAUGAAUGCCUUCCACUUCAUCGCAAAGGGCGCGAAAUUCGGCGGCAGCAUGAUCGGGAGCCCCGCGCAGAUUGAAGAAAUGCUGCAGCUGGCGGCAGAGAAGAACAUCAAGCCCUGGAUCAACAGGUAUUCGAUGCAGGACGCCAAUCGGGCGAUUGUGGAUAUGGAAGCGGGGAGGGCACGGUAUCGUAUCACGUUGGUGAAUGAGAAGCGUGCUGGGACGUCGUAG